AUGUCGCAAGAUAUUCUACCAGAGCUCAUUGGCUCGCCCUUACCACUAGUCGAUGAUAAGAAUCAGGAUCAUCUAUCAAAACUAGGAUGGACGCCUAUCGCGUUCGCACCACCCAAUUCAGGUGCUACGGCGGCUGUGGAUACUACGGAACUAUGUCCUCCACAAACAAGCCCACACCCGCUCCUCCAUGCGUCUGAAGCGUUACUCGCGAACAGCCAAAAGUUCUUCGACCAAUCAGUCGAAGAAAAAAAAAGGUGGGAAAAUUGGCGCAAGAUUCCAGGAGAGAAGGAGUAUAUCAUUCUGCAGACCUUGGAGGACUGUCCAGAGAUCUUGCGGGAGUCGGCAAAGAUGUAUUGGGACUGGAUGGGGAAGCUCCUAGAGGAUACGCUGGAAAGCAUUGAAUGCUCUCUAGAUAUGAAAGAUUGCGGGAGCACGAAGGGAAAGCAGCUACUCAGACAAUUCAUUGGACCUUGCAACACUAUGCCCACAAGGCAGAAAGACAAAACAGCCUCACUGCUCCAGCUCUUCCGCUACGAUAGCUGCGAAGUGAAACAGCUCACAGAGCAUCAUGUUGACUCCGGCCUUCUCACUGUCGUCCUAGGAAAUAUUCCUGGAUUAGAGGUCUGGGGUGGCGAUCGAUGGUUUGAGAUUGAGAAGGAGAUUAAAAGAUCUGGAAAGAAAGAAGCAAUCAUGCUGGUUGGGCGCGAUCUACAGAGGUUAAGCAAUGGGAGGUAUCCUGCAGGAUUGCACAGAGUUGUAAGCUAUGGCGUGCAGGAACCAAGCUUUGCGGGUACGGAGAGUCCGUCAAUGGUCUCACCCCUUGAACUAAUUUCGUCUGGGAACAAUUGUCAUCGCCUCAGCAUUGUGUUCUCGCUCCGUGCCCACGGACCCACCAUUAUAAACUCGGAUGAACUGGAGACAUUGGUUACGGGAGCUUGGCCACAACGUACCAACGGCGUUACGGCAGCGGAUUGGUUUAAAGAUGAUUGCGCCAAAUAUUAUGACAUCAAUUCUCCACCCGAGGAGCGGGAGGAGGCGAGGAAGAAGCAGCAGCGGGACAUACUCAGGAGUGAUAAGCUCAUUGAAUGGAACAUGUAA